AUGACCCACACCUGUCUGGCUCAUGAUGGACACUGCAGGAUCCUCAUCCUCAUCCUCAUCAUGGCCAGACUGACACACGUGCUCGUCCUCCUCUCCUGCGUGCUCCUCCGCGCGCUGUGCUGUGAUUGGCUGCGACGUUACGGGGCCUUGAGUGACAGGUGUCUGUCUCUGGUGCAGGUCCUGGGCCAUCCCGUGGAGGACCGGGACAGUCCGCUUCCUUUCCCGAGAGGACUUUACAAACUGGCGAGGAAGUCCGAGGUGGCCUGCAAGAUGGCGUUUGUGCGGGACAGUCUGGGACAUAUUCUGGACCUCUACCAGGAAGUGGACGACACCGCCGCCGGCUGGGACGCCGACCGGACCGAGGAGCUCCUGGUGGUCCUGCACAGGCAGAAGGACGAGGUCGCCGGCUGCGUUUCGCCCGGGAACUCCACCUGCUCCUUCGCCGAACCGCUCCAGCGAUACUACCGGACCCUCGCCGCUGCUGCGCUCAACCGCACCGCAGGCAGCAAUGCAUCAUGGGAGUUGGUCCGUGGUGAAAGUAAACUUCAUCUGCAACAGCUCCACUUGCUGGUGGCCGCCAUGUGA